AUGGGAUCAGAGCCAGAUGGGAUUGAAAGUCUGUGGGUGGAUUAUCGAAAAGUGACAAAAGCAGAUUCACGUCCUAUUCCACGUCUGGAAGGCCGCAUUGAGAAAGUGGGACCAUCAAAGUUCAUCACUAAGAUUGACUUGCUGAAAGGAUUAUUGGCAAGUACCUCUAUCGGAAAGGAUGAAAGAGGUUUCACCUUGUGGUACACCGGAUGGGCUUUAUCAGUUCAAAGUCAUGCCGUUUGCAUUUAUAACAGUGGAAGUCAGCUUGCAGUAGACAGCCGGGGAGUUCACUUGACUGCUCCAUUUCAAAAGGUGAAUUUGAGCACAGGAUGGAACCCAUUAAGGGACCUUUACCUCACUUUGCCGAACGAAUUCGGUGGGAACCCUCGUUUGGCUUCAUUCCUCCUCUCGGCCCACCGGCAGGCUUCGUGUGCCUGCCUCCACACCCAGGGCCUAAGUGCGGAGGAUGUGACUGAAGAGAGGUCACGGAGAGAGCACAAGGCCAUCCCAAACCCAAAUGGAACAGCUGUCACGGGCCACCUUCGUCGUGUGCUCCUGCCGGGCCUGCUCGGACUUGUUCGACCCCCUCCCCCUCCCCCUCCCUCUCCCUCUCCCACGCCCACGCCCACGCCCUCGCCCCAGCAGCUCCUGAGGCUGGCUGGCCGCCGAUCGGCCAAACAGCGUGGGAUCGCAGGCUGGUGGGCGGGGGCUGGUGCCGAUGGUGGGUCGCCCAUCACCCUGCAAACCCUGGCCAUCGAGUUCCAAGGUAUGCAGGGCAUGAUGAACGAAUUGACUCACUUGCUGUUUCUUGUCCUGGCCUCUCUCUUUCCAUCAUUAUACGCUCACAGCUGGUGCUAUGCGAAUCACAAGUGCGGUCCCAGGACGUGGGCCAGGAUUUCCCGAGCCUGCUCGGGCCUGCAGCAGUCUCCCAUCGACAUCCGGACAUCGAGGGCCAUCGUCAAACCCAGCCUGAGGACGCUGCGCAUCGAGAGGCCGUUCCGUGAGAUACGAGCCACCCUGGAGAACAACGGCCACAACUACCAUAUCUUCCCUCAGUACCCAGUGCUGAUGUAUGGUGGUUGCCUCCCUGGGAUCUUCAAAUUGCUGCAGUUUCACUUUCACUUGGGAGAUGGAUCGAGAAUGGACCAGGGCUCGGAGCAUCGAAUAAAUCAUCAGGGAUACCCAGUGGAGAUGCACCUGGUGUUUUGGAAUAUCAAAUACCUGAGCUCAGAUCAGGCAAUGAAAUCCCCGGAGGGGCUUGCUGUCAUUGCAGUAUUCUUCAAGGUCACAUCAAGUUUAAAUGCUGCCCUCGAGCCGAUCGUGAAAAUGCUUCCACAUGUGGGUUAUAAGGGUAAAACACGGACUCUGUCUUUGAAUCUGGAUAAGAUUAUUCCCUGGAAACUGGCUCCAUUUUACCGAUAUGAAGGAUCUCUCACCACUCCACCCUGUACAGAGAAUGUCAUUUGGACUAUUAUCGAGCGCCCCAUGUCUAUGAGUAUCUCACAGUACAAGACCCUUGUGAACACCCUGAGCUGGGACUGCAACUCCUACCGGCCUGUGCAGCACCUGAAUGGACGCAAGGUGACCUAUUACGAGGGCUGACAUUUGAUCUUUCCUAUGACUCCCCCCAACCAUCAACUCGCCAGCGGCGGACACUGAAGUGACUUUGAACAUGAAACUCUCACCUCGAACGUUGUGCGAUGAUGGCCAAAAUGGAUUAAUUGAAGAAGAAUACAUCCUCCAGCUCUUCUGUACCAUUAAUCAGAGGAACAUAGAGUACAAGAGAAAUGAGAUUUAUUAUUAAAAAUUUGAGAAAACACUG